UCGGGAAUUUCAGCCUAGUAUUGUAACCUUUUGUAGAAUAAAACAACUGUGCGACGAUGUGCCCAGGAGCAAGCGUGGAUUUCAAAUGGAGAAAAUAUAGAGAAUCUGAUUUGUGAUAAAUAUUGAUCAAUGGAAAACUCAUUGAAUACUAUAAUUUUGAGAGUGACAAUUAUCCGGAAAAUGCAGAAGUAUAGAAUUUGCUCACUGCUGUUUUGCGGGUGACAACAUUAUUUCAAACUAAGAUAUGGCAUCGUCUACUGUGGAAGAUUUUUGGGAUAUCUAUAACAAUGAGUGGAAGGAAGCCCGAACGUGUUUGAGAAAAGAGAGGAAUGAAGAAGAAGUUAUAUAUCAGCUUAUGAGAAUAGUAAGGGGUGUAUAUGAUUUAUGCCUUAACGAAGCUCAGACGGUAAAGACGUCAAAUGAAAUAGACGACAUUGUUGAGGAAUAUUUGCUCAAGAGACUUCCAAAAUCAUUCGACAAAGACAAUUUGCCAACAUCCGUUAGGUUGUUCAUACAUCGAUGUAUACAAAGUUUAUAUAAGCUCUGCUGUACGAAACCAGAUAUAUGUAUAUACUGGAUUCCGAAAGGAGAAGUGAUUGAUAAGGAGAAAUUCGACAUAGAGGGAAACAAAGAUGAACAUGUAUGUGACUGGACUGUUUGGCCAGCUGUUUUAGCUGAUGAUGGAACUUUGUUAAAGAAAGGAGUAGUCAUUUCUGUGUGAGCAAACUGAUUUUAUUUAGUGGUUAAUGCGGGUUAUAUUUCAUGUUAAAUAUACCAAACAUGCCAUUACAUUCCCCUGUAAAUAAUUGAUUCAUAGUUUUAUUUCGAUGACCAAACGUUUUAUUCACAUUUGGCGCCAUAUAACCUGUACUGUGUUUGUAAAUCUGAAUAAACAUACAUUGUAUCUCAUAUGUAAUGUGAAAAUUGCCGUGUAAAGUAAUAUCAUCCACUAUAUGUUAGCGUGAUGUGAAUGAAACACUUGGGGCAAUAAAAUCAUAUUCAAUUCACACGAUGUAUCUACUUUAGCAAUAUUGUUGAUAUCCAAGUUGUUUCUGUUAGGAUUAACAAGCUCGUCCUCACUGAAGAACUGUGAAAGUACAUACAUGUUUUGUCUGCUGUUAUAGUCCACCUGUUUUAUUCAUGUCAUCAUGAAACAGAAUAUAAGUUGCAUUUACCCCUAAAUGACAGCUGUGAGCUUGUUUAAAAGCUUUGAAAGCUGCAGUGCAGCAAGUAUCUUUUAUACCGUUCUCUUGACUGUAAAUGGGAGGUAAAUAUAUAUAGUAACGGUUAAAACAACUUCCAUUUUUACUAUAGUUCAGUUAUAUUAAUUUUCUGCAAUUACAUAUAUUUAAAUUUUAUGACGAUUUGUUCUAUA